GAAGCCAAAUAAGCAGGAACAAUUAACGACAGAAGGAAAUGAAUUGAAAGGGCCCAGUCCCUCCCGAUAGGUAUCAGCAACCGUUCCGUGCACAUACCAUGUCUGCCGCAGAAGGAAGGUUAGUCGUUCGAACCCAACUGCUUGCCCCAGAAGUGUUGAGUCUAAUCAGUCAUGCCAAUGUUGGCAGUUGUGGUGACACCCAGCAAGCCCCAAUGCUGGAGCGAUAUCUUUCAGAAAGCCCGACAAUCUCCGCGAAGCUUCAAGUCCCAGUCCCCCACUGCUCCCAGGGAGCCAGCCAAGGGGUGGUUUACUCUACUAUCAUCUCAGAGAGGAAAAAGAAGAUGGCCAAGCGUCUCGACAACUGGCAGACAUCUUGGGACCAAGCUAGCAAGAGAGGUGUCGCCUCUUGAACAUGAAUCGAUUGAAGGAGUAGCCUGAGGGAUGACAUGGUUCUUGUCUGUGGAGGGUUUACCUUUCUUUGGAUAGCGUCCAAUCUGAU